UUCAUAAUGACUGAAAGAAUGUUAUGCCAACCCUCAUGCAGCUCCUUUCUUGCAAGACCCUUACGAAACAGCAGUGACUCCAAGAAAGUCAAAAGGAUUAAAAACAACAUCUCUAAUGCUUACUUAUCAAACUUGGGGAAUCUAGUGCAUCCUCAAAAAGCUAUGAAGGGUAUCAAAACUUUCUCUAAAAACAGAAGGAUUAAGACUAAAAGUUAUGUAAUUGAGGCAAAUUCUAGCGGUCAGUUCUUUAGUAACAGAAGCUUUUUUAAGCAUGAAGAGAGCAAUAUUUCUAAGCCUGAGAAUAAUAACCUUGACUAUAAUCAAAACCAUGAUGACAAUUCUGGUCAUGAUCUCGUAAGGAACGACCACCAAGUUGAUCUUUCGAUGAUCUCCAACAACUCUAAAGGAAGGAAAAAUCAUAACAAAUAAAGCGAUGAAGUCCUUCAUCGAACCGAUAGUCAAGCAAUAUAGAAAAGAGCUAGACCGGAAGGUUCUAGGUAUCUCAAAGAAUAGACUCGAAGAAAAUUCCAAAACAAUUGAAGAUAUUAAUCUCAAAGGGGAACAAGAUAAUCACCUUAGAAUUACUAGAGACAACUGAGAUAUAAUGAGCUGAGACCUAUCAAAGAAUGAAACUUCUAGUGAAGUUAAUAACUUAAUGCAACAAAUACAGUCUAAUACAACAAAGCUAAAUAAUGAAUGCUCAAAAGCAAACGUAUUGCUCAAUAUCAACUCUGAUCUUGAAAAUGGGAAUAUUGGACUUGUCCCAACCAAAGUAGUAAAUCACAAGUGUGUCACACCGACUUCAGAGGAAGAACCUAUUGCUCCGAGCUUCCUUAGAGAUAAAGACCUAGAUGCCUCUAAUCCUCACAUUUUACAUGUAUCACCGAAGGUCUGUGAUGAAUCUCAAAAUUUUCAGAGGAAUAUAAAGUUCUUUAGAAGUAAAGCUUCUUCAGUGGCAAGAUCUGGAAAGGUGAAUAUGCUAAUUAAAAAGGAUCAAAUAGUACAAAAGAAGAAAGAGCCUCUCAAAUUUCAUAACAGCACUCGUACAUCCCCUCUUCUUCCUCAUAAGGGUCUUGGACAAGAAAGUAAUCCUCUGAUUGCCUCCAGGCCUUUCAAUGCUACUCAUAAUUUGGAGAUCUCACAAAAUGCUUCCGAGUUUUUGAAGCAAAACCGGCAAAAAAUGACUGAUUUCAUCCAACAAAGCAAAGGCCAAAAGAAAGCUCAGGCUCGGCUGUUAUUAAAAGGCAAACAGAAGCAGCAGAAAUCAUAUUUCAAAAAGAUAAUGAAGUUUUCAGUCAACAAUGAAAUGAUGAAGAUUAAACGAAAGCAUGAAGAUGAUUCUCGUGAAGAGCACAAGAGAAGAGAUUUAAAAGUAACAUUUGAGUUACCUAACAUCUAAAUUUUAACUUUUAUUAGUUUCUUCUUAAGGCUAAUUUCUGAUGAACAUUCAAAUACUUUAUAAA